CCACUUCGGGUAUUCCCGUGUUCCGCUCGGAAGCACUCGGCAAUCGCUCGGCCUCCCCCAUCCCCCGGUAACGGUCGCUGGUGAGUUUAAAUGAGCCGGGGCUGGCCGGGCCGGAGCCGCUACAGAGGGGGCCUGAGGCACUGCAGAAAGUGGGCCUGAGCCUCGAGGAUGACGGUGCUGCAGGAACCCGUCCAGGCUGCUAUAUGGCAAGCACUAAACCACUAUGCUUACCGAGAUGCGGUUUUCCUCGCAGAACGCCUUUAUGCAGAAGUACACUCAGAAGAAGCGUUGUUUUUACUGGCAACCUGUUAUUACCGCUCAGGAAAGGCAUAUAAAGCAUAUAGACUCUUGAAAGGACACAGUUGUACUACACCGCAAUGCAAAUACCUGCUUGCAAAAUGUUGUGUUGAUCUCAGCAAGCUUGCAGAAGGGGAACAAAUCUUAUCUGGUGGAGUGUUUAAUAAGCAGAAAAGCCAUGAUGAUAUUGUUACUGAGUUUGGUGAUUCAGCUUGCUUUACUCUUUCAUUGUUGGGACAUGUAUAUUGCAAGACAGAUCGGCUUGCCAAAGGAUCAGAAUGUUACCAAAAGAGCCUUAGUUUAAAUCCUUUCCUCUGGUCUCCCUUUGAAUCAUUAUGUGAAAUAGGUGAAAAGCCAGAUCCUGACCAAACAUUUAAAUUCACAUCUUUACAGAACUUUAGCAACUGUCUGCCCAACUCUUGCACAACACAAGUACCUAAUCAUAGUUUAUCUCACAGACAGCCUGAGACAGUUCUUACGGAAACACCCCAGGACACAAUUGAAUUAAACAGAUUGAAUUUAGAAUCUUCCAAUUCAAAGUACUCCUUGAAUGCAGAUUCCUCAGUGUCUUAUAUUGAUUCAGCUGUAAUUUCACCUGAUACUGUCCCACUGGGAACAGGAACUUCCAUAUUAUCUAAACAGGUUCAAAAUAAACCAAAAACUGGUCGAAGUUUAUUAGGAGGACCAGCAGCUCUUAGUCCAUUAACCCCAAGUUUUGGGAUUUUGCCAUUAGAAACCCCAAGUCCUGGAGAUGGAUCCUAUUUACAAAACUACACUAAUACACCUUCUGUAAUUGAUGUGCCAUCCACCGGAGCCCCUUCAAAAAAGUCUGUUGCCAGAAUCGGCCAAACUGGAACAAAGUCUGUCUUCUCACAGAGUGGAAAUAGCCGAGAGGUAACUCCAAUUCUUGCACAAACACAAAGUUCUGGUCCACAAACAAGUACAACACCUCAGGUAUUGAGCCCCACUAUUACAUCUCCCCCAAACGCACUGCCUCGAAGAAGUUCACGACUGUUUACUAGUGACAGCUCCACAACCAAGGAGAAUAGCAAAAAAUUAAAAAUGAAGUUUCCACCUAAAAUCCCAAACAGAAAAACAAAAAGUAAAACUAAUAAAGGAGGAAUAACUCAACCUAACAUAAAUGAUAGCCUGGAAAUUACAAAAUUGGACUCUUCCAUCAUUUCAGAAGGGAAAAUAUCCACAAUCACACCUCAGAUUCAGGCCUUUAAUCUACAAAAAGCAGCAGCAGAAGGUUUGAUGAGCCUUCUUCGUGAAAUGGGGAAAGGUUAUUUAGCUUUGUGUUCAUACAACUGCAAAGAAGCUAUAAAUAUUUUGAGCCAUCUACCUUCUCACCACUACAAUACUGGUUGGGUACUGUGCCAAAUUGGAAGGGCCUAUUUUGAACUUUCAGAGUACAUGCAAGCUGAAAGAAUAUUCUCAGAGGUUAGAAGGAUUGAGAAUUAUAGAGUUGAAGGCAUGGAGAUCUACUCUACAACACUUUGGCAUCUUCAAAAAGAUGUUGCUCUUUCAGUUCUGUCAAAAGACUUAACAGACAUGGAUAAAAAUUCGCCAGAGGCCUGGUGUGCUGCAGGGAACUGUUUCAGUCUGCAACGGGAACAUGAUAUUGCAAUUAAAUUCUUCCAGAGAGCUAUCCAAGUUGAUCCAAAUUAUGCUUAUGCCUAUACUCUAUUAGGGCAUGAGUUUGUCUUAACUGAAGAAUUGGACAAAGCAUUAGCUUGUUUUCGAAAUGCUAUCAGAGUCAAUCCUAGACAUUAUAAUGCAUGGUAUGGUUUAGGAAUGAUUUAUUACAAGCAAGAAAAAUUCAGCCUUGCAGAAAUGCAUUUCCAAAAAGCACUUGAUAUCAACCCUCAAAGUUCAGUUUUACUUUGCCACAUUGGAGUAGUUCAACAUGCACUGAAAAAAUCAGAGAAGGCUUUGGAUACCCUAAACAAAGCCAUUGUCAUUGAUCCCAAGAACCCUCUAUGCAAAUUUCACAGAGCCUCAGUUUUAUUUGCAAAUGAAAAAUAUAAGUCUGCUUUACAAGAACUUGAAGAAUUGAAACAAAUUGUUCCCAAAGAAUCCCUCGUUUACUUCUUAAUAGGAAAGGUUUACAAGAAGUUAGGUCAAACACACCUCGCCCUGAUGAAUUUCUCUUGGGCUAUGGAUUUAGAUCCUAAAGGAGCCAAUAACCAGAUUAAAGAGGCAAUUGAUAAGCGUUAUCUUCCAGAUGAUGAGGAGCCAAUAACCCAAGAAGAACAGAUCAUGGGAACAGAUGAAUCCCAGGAGAGCAGCAUGACAGAUGCGGAUGACACACAACUUCAUGCAGCUGAAAGUGAUGAAUUUUAACUUCUGGAAAUCAGACUUUUACAACUGGAUGUGUGACUAGUGCUGACAUGUUUCUUGUCCCUCUGUAUACUGAGUCUUUACUCUUGAGCUGGCGGUGUCAUCGUCCGUCACUUAUACCAUGAGUGUGCCACUUUCAUUGGACCCUGACUGUAUACAGAAUGAAAGGCAGUGCAAUAUUUAGCUGCUAACAAGACUGGCUCUUUUACCAGUAUGAAUGACAAUUUAUGGGGGGUAGGGUGGGGAACUUUCUUUUCUGUUUUUCUUUAAUCUCCCUUUGUUGGAAAGUAUCAUGAAAGGAAGAGUUAUGUUUUAUCUUGAAGGAACCAUUAGAUAUGGAAAAUAGUGAUGAACCAGAGUUUCUUGGUUGCUUUUUCAAAAAUUUGUUUUUAUUUGGUUCUGUUCCUGAUAAACAGAGUAACUGACCUUCAUUUCUAGGUUCUUCAAGAAUGGUGUUUGCAAGUGCCAGAUGGAACAAUAAAAGACGUUGCCUAUAACAGUGA